AUGAGCUCCGAUAACGAAAAGGCCCGUACCUCUGGCGAGGUCUCUCGCCCAGAGCCUGUUCUGCCCACCGUCAACCCGGAAGCACCCAAGUCGGAGCCUCCCAAGGCUGCUUUGCACCCUGCUUUCUAUGUCGGUACCUGGAUUGCUUUGAGUUCCAGUGUCAUUCUGUUCAACAAACAUAUUUUGGAUUACGCUCAAUUCCGCUAUCCUAUUUUCUUGACAACAUGGCAUUUGGCCUUCGCAACCCUCAUGACCCAGAUCCUCGCCCGCACAACCACCUUGCUUGAUGGCCGCAAGACCGUCAAGAUGACUGGUCGCGUCUACCUCCGUGCUAUCGUUCCUAUCGGUCUCUUCUUCAGUCUGAGUUUGAUCUGCGGUAAUGUCACCUAUCUGUACCUCAGCGUCGCUUUCAUCCAGAUGCUCAAGGCCACUACCCCUGUCGCUGUCCUAUUCGCUACUUGGGGUUUGGGAAUGGCUCCUGUCAACUUGAAGGUGCUUAUGAACGUCUCAGCUAUUGUCGUCGGUGUUAUCAUUGCUUCCUUUGGUGAGAUCAAGUUCGUCUUUAUCGGCUUCUUGUUCCAAAUCGGUGGUAUCAUCUUCGAGGCUAUUCGCUUGGUCAUGGUUCAGCGCUUGUUGAGCUCUUCUGAAUUCAAGAUGGACCCUCUUGUCUCUCUCUACUACUUUGCUCCGGUUUGCGCUGUUAUGAACGGUGUUACUGCUCUUUUCCUCGAAGUUCCCAAGAUGACCAUGGGCGACAUCUACAACGUUGGAUUGCUUACCCUCUUGGCCAACGCUAUGGUCGCUUUCAUGUUGAACGUUUCCGUUGUCUUCUUGAUUGGCAAGACUUCUUCAUUGGUCAUGACCCUCUGCGGUGUCUUGAAGGAUAUUCUUCUUGUCGCUGCUUCCAUGGCUAUCUGGCACACUCCCGUUACCGGCCUUCAGUUCUUCGGUUACUCCAUCGCCCUCGGUGGUCUCGUCUACUACAAGCUCGGCGGUGAAAAGCUCAAGGAAUACUCCAGCCAGGCCCAGCGCUCUUGGGCCGAAUACGGUAGCACCAACCCUGGCCAGCGUCGUCUCGUUAUCAUUGGCGCCGUCGUCGUUGGAUUCUUCUUAUUUGUUGGAGCUCUUGCUCCCAGCUAUGCACCAGAUUCUGUUGACCACAUUCGCGGUGCCCUCGGUGGUGCAUCAGCCGGCCGCGUUUAA